CAGCGACUGAACCUUGGCGGUGGUGGCCGAGGCGGCGAAGGCGGCAGCGGCGGCGACAGCUCUGGGGUUUGCGUCUCGGGGUGUGUCGGCCGCCGCUGCUGCUCGGGCCUGGUAUGUACAGAUGGCUGGUUAGGAUUCUCGGCACCAUUUUCCGUUUCUGCGACCGAUCGGUGCCCCCUCCCCGGGCCCUCCUGAAGAGGCGGCGCUCGAACAGCACUCUGUUUUCUACUGUGGACACUGAUGAAAUACCAGCCAAAAGACCAAGAUUAGAUUGCUUUAUUCACCAAGUGAAAAACAGUCUCUACAAUGCUGCCAGCUUAUUUGGAUUCCCAUUCCAGCUGACCACAAAGCCCAUGGUAACUUCAGCUUGUAAUGGAACACGGAAUGUGGCCUCUUCAGGAGAGGUCAGUGGUCAUGGAAACUCUGUCCCUCCUUUAACGUCACAUCAUCACAGUUCUCAAAGAAGUCAGAUGGACACAUUAAAGACCAAAGGCUGGGGUGAAGAACAAAAUUACGGAGUCAGAACAACUCAAUUUGUUCCAAAACAAUAUACACUUGUUGAAACAAGGGGACCUCUAUAUUCAAUGAGAAGUGAAAAGAGGUGUUCAAAGGGGAAAAUAUCUGAUCCAGAGAAGACACUCAGAGUCAGACUUGAAAACGAAGGUAGGAGGGGACACCAGCUGGAGCCUGACCUAUCAGAAGAAGUGUCAGCCCGACUUCGCCUGGGCGGCGGAAGCAAUGGCUUACUCAGGAGGAAAAUGUCAAUACUUGAGACAAAGGAAAAGAACUGCUCAGGCAAAGAGAGGGAUAGAAGAACAGAUGAUCUGCUUGAACUUACAGAGGACAUGGAAAAGGAAAUCAGUAAUGCCUUAGGCCAUGGCCCACAAGAUGAGAUCCUAAGUAGCGCUUUCAAAUUGCGAAUUACCCGAGGAGAUAUCCAGACAUUAAAGAACUAUCAUUGGCUCAAUGAUGAAGUCAUUAAUUUUUACAUGAAUCUUCUGGUGGAAAGAAAUAAAAAGCAAGGCUAUCCAGCACUUCAUGCAUUCAGUACUUUCUUCUAUCCUAAGUUAAAGUCUGGGGGUUACCAAGCAGUGAAAAGAUGGACCAAAGGGGUAAAUCUCUUUGAACAAGAACUUAUUCUGGUGCCUAUUCAUCGGAAGGUACAUUGGAGCCUGGUGGUUAUAGACCUAAGAAAAAAGUGUCUUAAAUAUCUGGAUUCUAUGGGACAAAAGGGCCACAGGAUCUGUGAGAUUCUCCUUCAGUAUUUACAGGAUGAAAGUAAGACCAAAAGAAAUAUUGAUCUGAAUCUUUUAGAGUGGACCCACUACAGCAUGAAGCCGCAUGAGAUUCCUCAACAGUUGAAUGGGAGUGAUUGUGGAAUGUUUACUUGUAAAUAUGCAGACUAUAUCUCUAGGGACAAACCUAUCACAUUUACUCAGCACCAGAUGCCUCUCUUCCGGAAGAAGAUGGUGUGGGAAAUCCUUCAUCAGCAGUUGCUGUGAGAAUGCCCUGCCUGGUCCCUCUAGCUGCUGGUGGUUCUUUCAUGGACGUUUCCAUAUACCUCAUGCAUUGUGGGUUAAAAAGUCCCUGCAUCACUUCUGUUCUCUCACAGGUACUGAGCUGUCAAGUGCAUGAAAGCCUCUCUACACCCUAGUCCUGACUUGGGGUGCAGAGGGCUGCUUGCAACCCUGUUUGUAAGGCUGUGCCUGCUCAGUCCUGGACUAUUCAACCCACACAAGAACAAACGCUAAUUAAUUCUUUUUUUUUUUAAAGAUUUUUUUUUCCCUAUGAAUGUGGGAAAUGCAGGAUUUAUUCUGUGAAUUGUUUUUUUCUGUGUGUUUGUUCAGUGUAUUCAUUCGCUCAUUUGCAAAUAUAGUGGGCAGUGGCCAUUUACCGCUGCUCUCUUACAGUUAGCUCUCAACUACUUGUUUGAACUAUUUAUUUCUGAAAGGAAUGUUAAUCAACUGCCACUCCCUGCUGAACAUCAGGAGGGAAAUGAUUGGGGGCAGAAGGAAGUGUUAAUUAACUUCUCUAACGCCGGAGCAGUAACUGCCAACUUGAAGCUCAAGGGUUUCUUUGAGGCUUGAAAAUGCCAAGAGAAAUGAAAAUGCUGUGGUGUAGGGCUCUGGUUGCCUUUCAGAGGAAGUCUGACACUACAGCAUGGUCACAGUGUCAUGGAAAAGUGGAACUGUGCACGAGGGACUCUGUCUGGCUAUCCAAGCGUCUUCAGAAGAGUGUCGUGGUCAUCUUAAAGAGACUUCCCUUUCUGGAAAUGAGGUGACUUGGCUUACUCUUGAAACUGGAUUCGAAGUAACUGUAAACCCUAAAUCUUCAUUUUUAUCCCAGACCUGGUAGAGUAUAAACCUCAGAAUUAUAAGGGCUGGCCUGAGCUGUUUAUUUCAAAAGAAUACUAUUCAAUUUAAAGCUAUUUUUCCUCAAAGUUUUUUUUCUAUAUAUUAAGCCGAAAUUAAAAAUUAAGUUUUAUACACGUUAAGAUUAGCGUCCUCACACUCCACCCCCACUGAAAUUUGUGGAAGAAAAUUUAGUACUUGGCUCUGAGGUUGCCAGUUACACAAUAAUCUAUUUUGCAUAUAAAAGUUUGUAUUUAACUUUUUUGUUCAUUAAAAACCUUACAGAUGUGGUUAUGCAUUUUUAAUUUCAGAAAGUUUAGAGUUGGUCAGAACAUAUUUUGCAAGAUCUAGUGCCUAGUGUUGCUUUUCUGAUGUAAUAAAAGGUUGUCUGGCAGAACCU